AUGGGUCAAGAUCAAAACAAUUCAACGCAAAAUGAACGCAGUAACAUCAGCAAGCCGCAAAUUUUUGUACAACUCGCCUUUGGUGUAUCAUGGACUCAACGGCGCCCACCUCAGACCCACACAGUGACUUAUAUGUCACGUAACUUGAAGAAUGCGAGGGAUUCAGGAAACUUUCCUCGCCAAGUACCGCCCGCAAAUACCAAUUUCUUAUCUGCCCCCGAUUCGCGCCACCAUCACGCAAGCCGGCAGCAGCAACAGCGACAGCAAAGUCGCCAACACCAUGCUCAGCAUUCACAUACGUCGGCUCACACACGCGACUCUGGACGUUCCCGUGGCCAAAGUACCGACCAACCCAGCGAACAACUAAGGGCUCGGCCGAGGGUCGGGUCAAGAGCUGAGGGUCGAGGGAUGUUGCAUGAACGAGGGAGAUCGGCUCCACCGCCAUUUAAUGACAGCCCAUGGGAUGUUCAGAAUACAUCUUCUUCUGCCCUACUCCAACACCGUUCACAGGCCAGUGGGGAUUCAUCAAAUACAUGGAAAGCAUUGCCGGCACCACCUAGUCAAUUCCGAUUAGGCGAAGACGGAUUACCAUGGUCUGCGUGGGCAUGGCCGGGAGAUAUUCAAGGUGAUGACGAGGAGGAUGAUAUUCACUACAUGGACGAACCGACGACAGUUUCAGUAUCCGCGGAGGGGCCUCGCAACGAAGACCCGGAAAGAGUUCGAGAGCUCGAGUCACUAUCCACGGCUAUGAUGACGGUGGACAACGGGUUUGAAAAUCAAUGGUGGUAUCAGGGUUCACGAGAGUCCGUAGAGCAGUGGUGGCCACAAGAGGAGGGCGAAGAGGGUGACGAUGGACGACCAUUGACAAUGACCGAGGCCAUGUUGUUAUCAGGUUCCGAACCGCCUUUGGCCUUGGCGUCUAGUGAAGAGCCGUUGCCUAACUUCCAUGGUAUUGUGUCGCCCAUGUCGCGCACGUCGAGCCCAGCCCAGAGUUUUAGCCGGCCUUUGCAGAGAUCGUUAACAACAAGAUCGGAAGAGUUAUGGUUGGAAAGAUGA